AUGAAAGUGCUUUGGACGCUUGCUCCAUUUCUCCUGACUGCCGUAGAGGCUCGCUCUGCUGCAAGCACAACGGCCAACUCAGCAAGCGCCGCAACUUCGGCUUCGACUGCUGCUAUCAGCGGCAACCCUUUUAGCGGGUAUCAGCUCUAUGCCAACCCUUACUACAAAUCCGAGGCGGAGAGCCUGGCGAUUCCAUCCAUGUCUGCCUCGCUUGCAGCAAAGGCCAGCACCGCUGCGGAGGUCCCAUCGUUUUACUGGAUUGACACCGCCGAUAAGGUUUCCACGAUGGGGACAUACCUCAAGGACAUCAAGGUCCAGAAUGCAGCUGGCGCAAAACCUCCCAUCGCAGGCAUAUUCGUCGUCUACGACCUGCCUGACCGCGAUUAUUCCGCCUGGCAAGCAACGGAGAGUGCUCCAUCAGCGACGGCGGCGUGGGAAAAACCCGACAGCUUAACCAACCUUGUGGCGAAUCUCAACAUCGCCAAAUGUGCUAAUGCCCAGUCCGCAUAUCUGGAGUGCACCAACUAUGUCCUCAAGCAGCCGAAUCUGCCGAAUGUGGCCGUGUACCUCGACGCUGGCCAUGCGGGCUGGCUGGGCUGGCCCGCCAAUAUCCAACCGGCCGCAGAACUAUACGCGUCGGUCUAUUCGAACGCCUCGUCGCCAGCUGCUGUCCGUGGCCUGGCAACUAAUGUAGCCAACUACAACGCAUGGAGUGUCUCCUCGUGCCCAUCCUACACCUCCGGGAACAAUGUCUGCGACGAGCAGAGCUACAUCAACGCGUUCGCUCCGAAGCUGGCUAGUGCUAGGUUCGAGGCCUUUUACAUUGUGGAUACAGGCUGUGCUGGGAAGCAGCCAACGGGACAGAGUGCAUGGGGUGACUGGUGCAAUAUCAAGGGCACCGGGUUCCCAGGUGGAGAGAGUGAUGAGACUUCGGAUAGCAGCUCGGCGCGCUAUGAUGCUCACUGUGGGUAUUCUGAUGCCCUGCAGCCUGCCCCCGAGGCUGGCACUUGGUUCCAGGCAUACUUUGAGCAGUUUCUCACGAAGGCUAGCCCGGCCUUCUAG